AACAAUAGAAAAAAGAGUGAGUGUAUAUAUAUUGGCGGAAAAUUUUUAUUUAAUUGAAAAUUCGAAUUAUUAAACAAGAUUUUUGCUACAUUUAGAAUCGAAACGUCAAGUACAUGGAUGAAGUACAUUUAACAGCGUAAUUAGGAAGUUCGAAAGUAAUUUUCGUAAACUUAAAGCAUUAAAUUUUAUAUUUGGUAACUAAAAUAAUGAAAUGUGUAUUGAACGAAUUUAAAUUAAUCAGUUCAAAAGUGGACUUCAAAUGUGGUUAAGGGUAAAAUUUGGUACGAAAAAAUUUCUGCUGUUAUAUAUAUUGAUUGCUGGCGUUAUAUAUUGCCUGUGCGAUUUAUAUGUCAGCUACAACCGCAUUUCUAACCGUCCAAAUCAUGGAAAGAGAAACAGUCGAAUUUCUAUAUUUAAGUCUGGAAAUGAAUCUAUUCUUAAGCAAAAAAUAUUCAGUUUACAGGAUAAAAUGGAGGAAAACGUGAAUAUAAAAUCUAAUGCAGUUUUAAGAUAUGGUGAUGGAACUGAUUCUUUACAACUUGCAGUAGUGGUCUGUGGUAAAAGAUUAAAUCAGACAAUGGUAUCAUUAAAAUCUGCAGUUGCAUUAUCAAAAUCUGCUUUACAUCUCAUAAUUAUUUCAGAUGAUGCUAAUAGAAAUUCAUUAAAAGAAAGACUGCUUGAUUGGCCUGACAGUAUACUUAAAAGAAUUUCAUUUGAAAUACAUCCAAUUACAUUUCCAGAAGGCACUGAAAAUGAAUGGAAAAAGUUAUUUAAAUUAUGUGCUUGCCAACGAUUGUUUCUUCCAACUAUACUUCAGCAUAUUGAUGCUUUACUCUACAUUGAUACCGAUGUUAUAUUUCUCCGUCCAGUGGAAGAUAUAUGGGCAUACUUUUCCAAAAUGAAUUCCAGCCAGAUUGCUGGUCUUUCUCCAGAACAUGAGGAUUUUGCAACUGGAUGGUAUAAUAGAUUUGCCAGACAUCCAUACUAUGAACCUCUUGGUGUUAAUUCUGGAGUAAUGCUGAUGAAUUUAACUCGGAUGAGGAAAUUUCAUUGGCAAGAUUAUUUGCAACCAAUAUAUCAAGAAUAUAAAUUAAAAAUUGCUUGGGGUGAUCAAGAUAUUAUUAAUAUAAUAUUUCAUUAUCAUUCAGACAAAUUAUUAAUAUUUCCUUGUGACUGGAAUUAUCGCCCAGAUCACUGUAUGUACACCAGCGUGUGUAAAAGUGCAGAAGAAAAUGGAGUAGCUAUCGUACAUGGAAAUAGAGGUGUAUUUGUAAAUAAUAAACAGCCUGCUUUUAGAGCUAUUUACAGUGCAAUGGAAUCUUACGAAUUAGGAACAAAUCUUAUUGAAUACUUUUUAAAGCCACUUCAAGAAAAACUUCACAAGACUCUGACAACUAACUGUGGCAAGCUGCAUUUCAUAUUUACGAAAGCAAUCGAAAAGCUAUCUAAAGAACCCAUACGUUUAUAUAGGUGAUAUAAAAAUAACUCGUGCUUUGAAAUAAUAAGCAAAUAUUAUACAUAACUUAAUUCAAGAGAAAAGCUGAUUAUUUUCAUAAAAAGAAAAUUGACUAGUUUAAUAAUAGAUUACUCAUAGAAUAUUUUAAUUGAAAAUAAAUCAAAAUUUUCAUAAAGAAAACCUUUUUUAAAUGAUAAAACUAUAAUUCUUUUGGUUUUAGUUAAGGAGCCAAAAGUAUAUUUUGUCAGUUUAAUUAUUUUUCAACUUUAUAAAAUUCAUAUUUAGAGAAUGCUGGCAUUUUGCAGGUAGAACAUAAAUUUUUGUUUUGUGUGCAUAAAUUUUAUUAUUAUUAUUGUAGAAUUCUAUAAUUCCUUCACCAGAUCCAUUAUAAUAUAACAUGAAUUUUGCCUCCUUAACAAGAAACCAAGAAUAUUCUGUAUGAGGUGAAAACAGCAUUGAAAAGUAAUCUUUGUAAUGGUCUGUAUAAUGAGUUACAAGAACUAAAUUUCAUAGAUAAUUGAUUAAAUAUUAUUUCUUACAUUCAUUUUAAGAGAUAAGGAAUGUUUUUCCAAUGAUCUCAAACCAUUUCAUAUUACCAUGAAAAAUGUAAUUAGAAAUGAUAUUUAAUCAAGUUCAAAUUAUAUGUAAUUAUUGAUAACUUUUUUCAAUUAACCUCUUAAGUAAAAAUAUUUUAAGCAGAAUUUUUGAGGUAAAUUAAUCUCAAUGGACAUAAGAUCUUACUUUGUUAAAAAGAUAAACAUAAGUAAAUUGAGUAAAGUUAAAAAAAAAAAAAAAAAACAUUCUUUAUGUAAAUAUUUUUAUUAUUCAUUUAGACUAAGUGCAA